AUGGCCUGGCUGCGCGAGCAGAACCUCAGCGCCGAUGCCGUCAUCGACGCCGUGCAGUUCUUCCUCGACGGCGAGGGCUGCAAUGCCACGUUCGAGGGCGAGUACGGCAACGACGAGUACCAUGUGUUCCGGGUGAGCUUCUCGGACCGGCCGAGCGUGUGCCUGCGCGUGGAGCACCCGCGCGGCCACCGCGUGCCCGGCGGCGAGGACGAGCGCGCCAUCUGCGCGCGCCUCGAGGGCGAGCGCCGCGCGUACGAGCGCCUCGGCGCGGUCGACUUUCACUGGUCCAUGCGGCUGUUCGGUGCGAGCCUCGGCUUCGACAACCCGAUCGGCUACCCGUACAUGGUCCUCGACUUCGCGGGCGAGAACCGCCUACGGUGGAGCGACGAGAGCCCCGGCGAGCCCGCCCGGAGCGCACUGCUGGCGCGGCUCGCGGGUAUCCAGCUCCAGCUCAUCCAGCGCACGUUGGAGACUAGAGAGAUGACGGCGUACGAAUUCUUCAAGCAAAAGAUUGAAUGCCGUCUCGAGAGCAUCCGCCAGGGAAACCUACCGGAAUUAGUGGAACAGGACGUGCUCGACCAAUUGGCCCUUCUGCCCGAAGUCCUGGGCGACGAAAAGGACAAUAGGCAGUUCGCCAUGGAGCACGGCGAUCUACGCGCAGAAAGCAUCAUCAGCGGCAGCCACUUCAACAUUGAGGCCAUCGUCGACUGGGGCUCCGCCGAGAUGGUGCCCGUCGCGCAGGCCGCGCGCUUCCCGCCACUGCUGUCCUGCUGCGAAUCUGCCGACGACUCGCCGAGCGGGCAGAUGCUGCGAGACCGCGCGGCGUAUACGGCCGCCGUGGCGUGCGCGGCGGCGCGGCCCCAGCCGGCCCUGCCCUACCCGGGCGAGGGGUACGAGGACGGCUCGCGGGCUGCGGCGCUGGCGGCCAUGCGCCAUGCUGUCGUCGCUGGCCGCCGCGGGCUGGGCGCUGCCGUACGCCACGCUCCACGAGGACUAGACGGCCUCGCGGCGCGGGGGGGACGAGGCGGGCGUGCUGCGAGGGCGCCGCCACCGCCCGAGGGGGUCGGGGGGGAUGAUGAUAACAUUUACUCUUGCUACUGCGAUGACGCCGACGACUAUUACUCUUGCUACACUACGUGA